AUGUCGUCCAAUCUUAGCCAGAUCCCCACCUCUUCCAAAGCGGUCAAUAUCCCGAGCCAGCCAGUCUCUGCGGCAUUCCACUCGCCUUCCUUCGAAAGCAACUAUCAACGACGCCCCGGAGGCUCGGGCAGUUUUGGGGCUGGGUCAACGUCGAGGAAUACCGGCGCACCAAGGAACAACCAGACUCGAAAGAGCCAACAUAAGCGACAGAAGCCCCCCCGAUUGCUGGAUGAUGAGGAGUAUAGUGAAUCGGCCAUCAUGAGAUCCACGAAUAGUCGCAAGGGCCAGACGUCCAUCACGCAUUUGAUGAACUUCUCUCUCCCCCCUCGCCCGCAGUAUCGCCCCCCACCCCGCAAUGCCCGCCGCUAUACGUCCUGGGGACCGGGUUCUGGCUACCAUGCCGUGGACAAAUCCCGUUAUGUGCAUGCCAACUAUCGAUUUAUCGUCACACCAGACCGCAACUAUUAUGCGCAAGCGGCGAAUGCCGAUGUUCACCUGGAUUGGGAUUCGGUUCUUCAAGUCCUCGUAUCGGCUCAAACCCAAUCGGCCAGUUGCCCCAUCUGUUUGUCCACUCCGGUGGCGCCUCGGAUGGCUCGGUGUGGUCAUAUCUUCUGCCUUCCGUGUCUGAUCCGCUACAUGCAUUCGACCGAUGACGAGGCCCCACUCCCGGAGAAAAAGGCGCGAUGGAAGAAGUGCCCCAUCUGUUGGGACUCCAUCUACAUCUCGGAGACGCGGCCGGUGCGAUGGUUUCGUGGCCAAGAGGGUGAUCUCCCCUUUGAAGGGGGUGAUGUAGUCCUGAGGCUAGUGAAAAGAGAACCGGGAAGCACUCUAGCGCUGCCGCGGGAUGGGGCCGGGGGCAUUGCGCUAGAGCAGGAUGUUCCCUGGUACCAUGCUGCGGAGGUAGCAGACUAUGCGCGCAUAAUGAAAGGAGGCGAAGAUUACAUGAAAGAUCAGUAUGACAAAGAGAUUGACGAGCUCCGCCGGCAGCAGGUAGAAGAUGAGUUGUUGUUCGGGGAUGAUACUACUUGGACUCGGAAGGCGAUUGGUGCCAUCAACGACGCCAAGUCCAAGCUGGAGGGAAUUGGUAACCCGCCAGAUAUUGUUCGACACCCUGUGGCGCCCAGGUCACCAAAGGAGCCUAUCGCACUACAGUCACCACCAGAUGAAGUGGCUGUGAUGUAUGAAUCGCAGCACGCAAGCAAUUCAGGCCACAGCGCUGGCCCAACUAUCAAAUCCAAUGACCUAGAUCAUGCCGUCGAUGCCUUGGGGCAUCUUGACCUGGGUCCAUCCUCCGGUUUGAAGGACAAACAGAGAGACCCUGGGAGCAGUCGAAGCAAUUUGUCCUCGAAUCGGACCAAGGAAGCAACAGGGCCCCACCCGCCAGACUAUCCAUACUACUUCUACCAAGCUCUACCGCAAUUCUAUCUUUCGCCCUUAGACAUCCGCAUCCUAAAGGCUGCAUUCGGCGACUAUUCCUCGUUCCCUGCCACCAUCCUUCCUCGGGUGGAGCGGAUCUCCACCGGCCACAUUGUUGACGACGAGCUGCGCAAACGAGUGAAAUAUCUCGGGCAUCUCCCCCAGGGCUGCGAGGUGAACUUCCUGGAAUGCGACUGGAGGGAGGUAGUUGUGCCGGAUAUUCUCCAUACUUUCAAGUCCGAAACUGACCGGAGAAGGAAGCGCAACCGAGAGAAAGAGGUGCGCGAGGAAAAGGAUCGUGUCCGGGCCGAGAAAGAGGAAGACGAAAAGCGCUGGGCCGCAGCCCGCCGGAAGAGAUCUAGUAUCGGGACGGAGGAUGCCCCGUUCUCCGUCCAGGAUUUCCAGCCGCUGGCUGCCCUUUCGGCGUCCGGGCCGUCCGACUUUGACAUGGGGCCUUCCUCCGCAUUUCCCCCCCAGCCCUCGUCCCAUUUCGGUGCUCUGGCGUCCCCUUCCACGAGUCCUCCCGGGUCCCGCACCGUGUGGGGAACCACCGCCGUAGCACCGCUGUCGCCGGGGUCCGGCCCGCAGCCAGGAGCUGGACCCCCGGACGGAUGGCUUCAGGGAUGGGAAGAGGAGCUAUGGGAUCAGCAGGAGAGGGAGCUGAUGGCUCAAACUGCCCCCGAGGCGGAUAACCCUCUGCCUUCGUCCGGCGGCAAAAAGAAAAAGAAUAAGAACAAAAAAAUCACGCUCAUGGCCACCAACAGCCAGAGAGGGGCUUGA